UCAUAUUCGAUCUAUAUAUCCCUAAUUCCAUCCAUUCUGCAUCGUCAUUUGUCAUUUCUACAGAAAGAAGCCGAAAUUUGCGAAAAUUGCAAGCAAUAGCGACAAAUUAUUUGUAUAACAAAUAAAACAUUUCUUAAAUACAUAAGUUGUAAUCAUGGGACAAAAUCAAUCGUCUCAAGGCGGAUCUGGAGACAAGAAAGAUGACAAAGACAAAAAGAAGAAGUAUGAACCACCAAUUCCUACUCGAGUUGGUAAGAAGAAGAAGCGGUCAAAGGGUCCCGAUGCGGCUAUGAAACUGCCACAGGUUACCCCGCAUACUAGGUGUAGGUUAAAAUUGCUGAAAUUGGAACGCAUCAAGGAUUACCUUAUGAUGGAAGAUGAAUUUAUACGCAAUCAGGAAAGACUUAAACCCCAAGAUGAAAAGAAUGAAGAAGAACGUUCUAAGGUUGAUGAUUUGAGGGGAACACCUAUGUCUGUUGGAAAUUUGGAAGAAAUAAUCGACGAUAAUCAUGCAAUUGUAUCCACCAGUGUGGGAUCGGAACACUACGUUAGCAUAUUGUCGUUUGUUGAUAAGGAUCAACUGGAGCCUGGUUGCUCUGUACUAUUAAAUCACAAAGUUCAUGCUGUAGUUGGUGUCCUUAGUGACGAUACAGAUCCCAUGGUCACGGUAAUGAAAUUAGAAAAGGCACCUCAAGAAACAUAUGCUGAUAUUGGUGGUUUAGACACACAAAUUCAAGAAAUUAAAGAGUCCGUGGAAUUGCCUUUAACACAUCCAGAAUAUUAUGAAGAAAUGGGUAUAAAACCACCGAAAGGUGUCAUUCUUUAUGGUCCUCCAGGUACUGGUAAAACAUUAUUGGCCAAGGCUGUGGCAAAUCAAACAUCAGCUACAUUUUUGCGUGUUGUUGGUUCGGAAUUAAUUCAAAAAUAUCUGGGCGAUGGUCCAAAAUUGGUUCGUGAACUUUUCCGUGUUGCUGAGGAGCAUGCACCCUCUAUUGUGUUCAUCGAUGAAAUUGAUGCUGUGGGCACUAAACGUUACGAUUCCAAUUCGGGUGGUGAAAGAGAAAUACAGAGAACUAUGUUGGAACUGUUGAAUCAGUUGGAUGGUUUUGAUUCCAGAGGUGACGUAAAGGUCAUUAUGGCAACCAAUCGAAUUGAGACUCUGGAUCCUGCUCUUAUUCGCCCGGGUCGUAUUGAUCGUAAAAUUGAAUUCCCCCUGCCAGAUGAAAAAACAAAGCGCCGCAUUUUCAAUAUUCACACUUCACGUAUGACCCUGGCUGAAGAUGUUAACUUAAGUGAGCUGAUUAUGGCUAAAGAUGAUCUGUCGGGAGCUGACAUCAAAGCCAUUUGCACAGAGGCUGGUUUAAUGGCUCUUCGCGAAAGACGUAUGAAAGUAACAAAUGAAGAUUUCAAAAAGUCAAAAGAAAGUGUGUUGUAUCGCAAAAAGGAAGGAACCCCAGAGGGACUUUAUUUAUAAAUGUCGAAGAAAUUUAAUACAAAAUAUAAUUUACAUGUACUACUAAUAUUACAAUGCAAAAAUUUUCAUUUUUAAAGAAGAAAAUUAAAAGAUAAUGAAUUAGACAGAAUUUGUACUUUUUGCUUGGCACUUUAAUAAAGCUGCAGAAUUCGGCAAAGUGUGUUCACAUUCGUCGAUUACAUGGUCAA